UACAAGGAGCGUUUGAAAAUCAAAAUACAAACAGAAAACCAAAUAGAAGAUUACAUCCACAUGUUCAGAUUACAACAGAAAAACAAUCAAACAAACAAGUCCUAGAAACUAGGAACGGCUGAGAGGAUAAAAGUUUGAUCCAAGUCAAACUCCUCAAGUUGCGGUGAUUUCCUCAGCAUACUGACUUCAACUAACACUUCUAUGUCCUUGUUAAGUUUGUUGUGGUGGUGUUUGGGGUGAUGCUUCCAUUCGGUGGAGGUGUCUUUAUGUUCUAUCCCCGUUCACUACUAGUGUGCCUUCUUGGUGUUUGCCUCUCUGUAGGCUUUCCUGUUCUCUUUUGACUUCUGUGCCUUGGUACGUUAUCCCUUGCUUCCAAAAAAAAAUAAAUAAAUAAAUAAAAAGAAAAGAAAGUAACUGCGUUGAUUAUAUUACAGUUUAAUUCUACGGCAAAUAUGAUGUCUGCCACUAUAUUUUAAUUUUUAAAAGCGCAUAUAUAUCCACUCGAUCGUCUCACUCUGGCACUAACAAUAUUUGCAGAUAGCCAUGGAGCUCUUCUCCCUGCAAUCUUUCCUCCUCCUCCUUCUCUCCCUCUCCUUCUACAUCUACCACCACUUCUUCGCUUCGUCGAAUAAGUACAAACACACCGGCUUCAAAAACUACCUGAUUCUCGGAACCCUACCGGAAUUCCUAAAAAACCGCCACCGGUUCCUCGAAUGGACAACCGAAAUCCUCACCAGCUGCCCCACCAGCACCGCCAUCUUCAGCCGCCCGGUAAAAAUCCGCGGCAUCAUCACCGCCAACCCUGCCAACGUCGAGCACAUGCUGAAAACCAACUUCGAGAACUACCCGAAAGGCGAAAGGUUCAUAUCCCUUAUCCAAGACUUUCUCGGCGGCGGAAUCUUCAACUCCGACGGCGAGCUCUGGAAGGUUCAGAGGAAGACCGCCAGCUACGCCUUCAACACGAAAUCGCUCCGGAACUUCGUUAUGGAAAACGUUAGGGUUGAGAUUGAGUCGAGGUUAAUUCCGUCUCUGGACACAGCCGCCGAAACAGGACGCCGUUUAGACUUGCAAGAUGUUUUGGAGCGCUUUGCUUUCGACAACGUUUGCAAGUUGGCUUUUAAUGUAGACCCGAAUUGUCUCGGAAGCGACGGCGGCGGAAAAUCUGAGUCCACCGAUUUCGAUUCCACUCCCAAUCCGGAUCGGUUCAUGCAGGCAUUUGAAGAAGCGGCCACACUUAUCUCCGGGCGAUUUUUGUAUGCGUUUCAGUUUAUGCAAAAGAUAAAGACGUUUUUGAACGUUGGAUCAGAGCGGAGGUUAAAAGAAUCAAUCUCGACUGUCCAUAACUUCGCGGAUAAGAUAAUAAAGUCGAGAAUUAGCGACGAACGGUCGGACGAUCGUCACGAUUUGUUGUCCUUGUUUAUUGGUAUUACCGAAAACAACAACUCGCCGGAUUUUCUCCGAGACAUCGUGAUAAGCAUCAUUCUCGCCGGCCGAGACACGACCUCAUCGGCUCUGACGUGGUUCUUCUGGCUCCUGUCGUCCAGACCUCACGUCGAGCGUGCCAUUUUAAAGGAGCUCGAAAUGAUUCGGGUCCGAAACGGGAAAAGUAUCGGCGAUGUUUAUGAUUUGGACGAGCUCCGAGACAUGCACUAUUUGCACGCGGCGAUUUCAGAGGCGAUGCGGCUGUACCCUCCCGUACCGGUCGACACGAAGGCAUGUCUAAACGACGAUGUCUUGCCGGACGGGACAGCCGUGGGGAAGGGGUGGUUCGUGACGUACCAUGCUUACGCGAUGGGGCGGAUGGAGAGGAUAUGGGGGACUAACUGCCGCGAGUAUUUGCCGGAGCGGUGGCUGACCGAGGACGGCAUGUGUCGGCAGGAGAGUGUUUUCCGGUAUCCGAUAUUUCAUGCCGGGCCAAGGAUGUGUCUGGGGAAGGAUUUGGCGUAUAUUCAGAUGAAGUCGAUUGCGGCAUCGGUGAUGGAGAGGUUUGUGAUCGACGUACGGGAUAGGGAUACGUGUCCUGAGCAUCUGUUGUCCUUGACUCUCAGGAUGAAAGGUGGACUGCUUGUGGGUGUGAGGAGAAGGAGAUUUGUAGCUGAUGACCGGUGAUCAAGUGUGUGAAGUUCAUUUUCGCAAUAAAAGCAGCCUAUAAGAUAAUUACAGUGGCUCCAAAGUUUUCAUAAGAAACAGGAAUUUCGAAGUUAAAAAGUCUACAAUUUGAGAAGAUAGGAAAAUCCAAUUCAAAUCCCUCAGAAAUCGUAAGACACUCACAGUCGCACGUCCUCAGCAUCAUCGUCUUCUACUCGUUCCGACACUAGUCGUCCGUGCAACCCUGUCAAGGGGAGACAGUUCAGUCCUGUUCCGCUGGACGUCGUACGCCAUUGGAUCCAAGCACAAAAUCAACCACUUGUGUGUGUGUGUGUGCGUGCGUAUGUGUGUGUACACACAAUGUAUAAUAAUAUGUGUGUGCAUGUUAUAUAGGACUCGUCUACCUUUUGCUCAUAUAUAACCGAAGAGUUUUUUAUUA